GCAGCGGGAGAGGCCACAACAGUGAGAGGCCCGCGUACCGCAAAAAAAAAAAAAACCCAAACACACAAACAAAAACAAGAACAAAAACAACCCAGGGUCAAUUUGAUAGAAACCAAGGCCUCCUAGUCUGCUUCUCCAGGGUCUGCCUUGUUUCGUAGAUACGGCUCUGGGAGGACAGACUCCAGUCACCCUCACUAACGAUCUCAAGUGCGUCUUGAAACUUAGCAGCCUCUUGAGAAGGGAGCCUUGAACGCUGAUUCUAGCACUGUUUCCAGUUCCCGGACCCUGCACCCAGGAGACCCAAAGAUGCUGGUGACCCGAGGGAGACAAGGCUUGUCCUGCCGGACUCGUGCUCGACCCCAGACAGAGUUGUGAGGAGCUGUCGUGCGCGCUCAUCUAUCAGGGUUCUCACACUUCUUUAAACUUAGUCAGCCUAGGCAGGGCAAAAGACCUACCGCAUCGCUCCUGCUUUAUAGAGGAAAAGAAAUUGGAGAGGAAUGAAGCUUUGGAGAGGAACGAAGUGGCAAUCAACAUGGUAACAUGGCAGCAGUUAUGCAAACAUAAUAGGAUCAACAAGAAAAACCAGACGUUGCCUAGUACAGGAGCGGCAACUCAGAACUGACUCAGACUUACCCCACUGAUCCUGGACACUGGGAUCCCAGAGGCUCCCCUGCGUCAGGACACAGGAGGGCUGAGAAGCAUCGCCAACAGCUGCGCGGCAUCCGGCUUCUCAGAAGACCUCGGAGCCGGCUUUGCUCAGGGGUCUCUCAAUCCCGUCCCCUUCAGGAAACUUCCUCGCUCACCGUGAAUACUUUCUUAAGGGUAAAUCAGGGCUUGCUGUGUGUUAGGCCCUUUACUCAAAUCUCCUGAAACCUCCCACAACUUUGCAAGGUGAGAAAAUAGGACUCUUGGAAGCUGGACGCCUUGUUCACGGCCUCAGCCUGGGAAGGGGUAGGAGCAGGACCCAGACCCUGGACCACGGGGCCUUGGAGCCCGAGCAGCCUCCACGCACUCUGCACAUCCGCCCUGGUGGGGCUGGGGCUCCGAUGACUCCACCCUCCGCCGUCCUCUUCCCCAUCUGUCAGCUCUUGUGCCCUGGUGGGGGUAGGACUUCGCUUUGCUGUGAACCUUGACACUUCCUUUUCUGUGUUGGUGGAGACAAUCAUUUAAAAAAUCAAUUCUAGCACAUUAUUUAAAACUUCAAAUAAUACUAAAGCUUAAAAAGCUUUACUUCCUCUCCUGACCCCAACCCCACUCUCCAAACGUAGCCACUAAUAACGGUUCGGCGAACACUUCUUCAGACUUUUCUAUAUGCAGGUGGAAUGGAUAGCAGGGUCUCGAGCACAACCAGUAAUGGAGAGACAAAACCAGUGUGCCCAGGCAUGGAAAAGGCGGAGGAGGCUGGCGGCCUGCAGCGGGGGCACUGGAACAACAAGAUGGAGUUCGUGCUGUCCGUGGCCGGGGAGAUCAUCGGGCUGGGCAACGUCUGGAGGUUUCCCUACCUCUGCUACAAAAACGGGGGAGGUGCCUUUUUCAUCCCCUACCUCAUCUUCCUCUUUACCUGUGGCAUUCCUGUCUUUCUCCUGGAGACAGCACUAGGCCAGUACACCAGCCAGGGGGGCAUCACAGCCUGGAGGAAGAUCUGCCCCAUCUUUGAGGGUAUCGGCUAUGCCUCCCAGACCAUUGUCAUCCUCCUCAACAUCUACUACAUCAUCGUCCUGGCCUGGGCCCUCUUCUACCUCUUCAGCAGCUUCACCAUCGACCUGCCCUGGGGGAGCUGCCGCCACGACUGGAACACAGAGCACUGCGUGGAGUUCCAGAGGGCCAGCAGCUCCGUGAACGUGAGCUCUGAGAACGCCACCUCUCCCGUCAUCGAGUUCUGGGAGAGGCGGGUCCUGAAGAUCUCGGACGGCAUCCAGCACCUGGGGGCCCUGCGCUGGGAGCUGGCCCUGUGCCUGCUGCUUGCCUGGGUCAUCUGCUACUUCUGCAUCUGGAAGGGCGUCAAGUCCACGGGCAAGGUGGUGUACUUCACAGCCACCUUCCCUUACCUCAUGCUGGUGGUCCUGUUGAUUCGAGGGGUGACGCUGCCUGGGGCCGCCCAAGGAAUUCAGUUUUACCUGUACCCAAACCUCACGCGUCUGUGGGACCCCCAGGUGUGGAUGGACGCAGGCACCCAGAUCUUCUUCUCCUUCGCCAUCUGCCUAGGGUGCCUGACGGCCCUGGGCAGCUACAACAAGUACCACAACAACUGCUACAGGGACUGCAUCGCCCUCUGCUUCCUCAACAGCGGCACCAGCUUCGUGGCCGGGUUUGCCAUCUUCUCCAUCCUGGGCUUCAUGUCCCAGGAGCAGGGGGUGCCCAUCUCUGAGGUGGCCGAGUCAGGCCCUGGUCUGGCCUUCAUCGCCUACCCCCGGGCUGUGGUGAUGCUGCCUUUCUCGCCCCUCUGGGCCUGCUGCUUCUUCUUCAUGGUCGUCCUCCUGGGACUGGAUAGCCAGUUCGUGUGCGUGGAAAGCCUGGUGACGGCGCUGGUGGACAUGUACCCCGGUGUAUUCCGCAAGAAGAACCGGAGAGAGGUCCUCAUCCUGGGGGUGUCUGUCACCUCCUUCCUCGUCGGGCUCGUCAUGCUCACAGAGGGCGGUAUGUACGUGUUUCAGCUCUUUGACUACUACGCAGCCAGUGGCACGUGCCUCCUGUUCGUGGCCAUCUUUGAGUCCCUCUGUGUGGCGUGGGCCUACGGUGCCGGGCGCUUCUAUGACAACAUUGAAGACAUGAUUGGGUACAGGCCGUGGCCCCUUAUCAAAUACUGUUGGCUCUUCCUCACACCGGCUGUGUGCACAGCCACCUUCCUGUCCUCCCUGAUCAAGUACACCCCACUGACCUACAACAAGAAGUACCUGUACCCGUGGUGGGGCGAUGCCCUGGGCUGGCUCCUGGCUCUCUCCUCCAUGAUCUGCAUUCCCGCCUGGAGCUGCUACAAACUCAGCACCCUCAAGGGCUCUUUCAGAGAGAGAGUUCGCCAGCUCAUGUGCCCAGCUGAGGACCUGCCCCAGUGGGCCCGAGCGGAACCCUCUGCCCCGGCCACGCCCAGGACGUCGGAACUGGAGUCUCACUGCUAGGGGGCAGGCCCUGGGACAAGGGGCCAGUGAGCCUGGCUGUGGGGACAGUUGCAGAAG